UCGGUUUGGUGUCUCGAAAAUGGAUAGCCAUGCGAUUCGUCUCGCCAUCGCCUCCGACGUAGCAGGUCUCUAUGAUUUACUCAAGGAGUAUGUCAUCGAACAAGAACUUGAGGGGGAGUUCAAGAAUUCACGAACUAGUUUUGAGAAACACUUCAACCAAGUACUAUUCAAAGCGCUUGUCAUCGAGGUUGACGAUGAAACAGAGAACCAGAAGCAGAUCAUUGGAUGUAUUUCUUUUUCCAUCUGUUAUGAUUAUGUCGUAGGUGCAAAGACUUUCCCUCACUGCUGCUAUAUCAAGCCAGCUUUUAGAAACCGUGGACUUGAGCAGAAAUUGAUCCGGCUUACCAAAAAGGUGACGGACAAUGCUACUGACAUGGAUUGA